GUGCCCCGGCAGCGACUGGACUCGCAGGUGGCCGGCUGCAAGCUCCGCCCGCGGGCGCCCCGGCGCCUCCGCCUCCGUGUGCUCCGCGCGGCUCCGUGUGGCUCCGUGUGGCUCCGUGUGGCCUCCUGUGGCCUCGUGUGGCUCGCUUCUCUCCCGCACUCGCCCGCCGCCGCCUCCGCGAUCUUGGCAGUCAGCACAUCAGCACAUCCGAGCCGCCGCCGAGCAGGGGCCACCAUGCACUGGAGGAAGUACCUGCUGCAGGGCCUGCACCGGCUGCAGAAGGGCCCGGGCUACACCUACAAAGAGCUGCUGGUCUGGUACUGCAACAACACCAACACGCACGGCCCCAAGCGCAUCAUCUGCGAGGGGCCCAAGAAGAAGGCCAUGUGGUUCCUGAUCACCCUGCUCUUCGCCUCCCUCGUGUGCUGGCAGUGGGGCGUCUUCAUCAAGACCUACCUGAGCUGGGACGUCAGCGUCUCGCUGUCCCUGGGCUUCAAGACCAUGGACUUCCCCGCCGUCACCAUCUGCAACUCCAGCCCCUUCCGGUAUUCCAAAGCCAAACCCCUGCUGAAGGACCUGGAUGAGCUGAUGCAGGUGGUCCUGGAUAGGAUCCUGGCCCCCGAGCCCACCCUCGCCAACACCACGGGUGCGCUGAACUUUACCCUCUGGAACCACACGCCCCUGGUGCUCAUUGACGAGCGGGACCCGCAGCACCCGGUGGUCCUGGACCUCUUUGGGGACAACCACAACGCCUCGGCAGGCAGCAGUGCAGCGCCAGCCAGGGCCGGCAACGCCCCCGGGUACAAACUGGCCAUGAGAUUGUGCAGCCUCAACGGGACCGUGUGCACCUUCCGGAACUUCACCAGCGCCACCCGGGCCGUGACCGAGUGGUACGUCCUGCAGGCCACCAACAUCUUCUCCCAGGUGCCACACCAGCAGCUGGUGGAGAUGGGCUACCCAGCCGAGCACAUGAUCCUGGCCUGCCUGUUUGGGACAGAGCCCUGCAGCUACCGGAACUUCACGUCCAUCUUCUAUCCCGACUACGGCAACUGCUACAUCUUCAACUGGGGCAUGGAGGAGGCAGCGCUCCCUUCGGCCAACCCUGGGGCGGAAUUCGGUCUAAAGCUGAUCCUGGACAUAGACCAGGAGGACUACGUCCCCUUCCUUGCGUCCACCGCGGGCGCCCGGCUGGUGCUGCACGAGCAGAGGACCUACCCAUUCAUCAAAGAGGAAGGCAUCUACGCCACAUCGGGCACCGAGACCUCCAUUGGGGUGCUGGUGGACAAGCUGCAGCGCAUGGGCGAACCCUACAGCCCGUGCACCAGGAACGGCUCUGAUGUUGCCAUCCGAAACCUCUACAGCAGCUACAACACCACCUACUCCAUCCAGGCCUGCCUUCACUCCUGCUUCCAAGAGCAUAUGGUCCGGAACUGCAGCUGUGCUCACUACCUGUACCCCCUGCCCCCGGGACAGAGAUACUGCAACAGCCGGGACUUCCCAGACUGGGCCCAUUGCUACUUCGACCUGCGGAUGAGCUUGGCCCAGAGGGAGUCCUGCAUCCGCAUGUGCAAGGAGUCCUGCAAUGAUACCCAGUACAAGAUGACCAUUUCCAUGGCCGACUGGCCCUCUGAGGCCUCAGAGGACUGGAUUUUCCACGUCCUGUCUCAGGAGCGAGACCACAGCACCAAUAUCACCUUGAGCAAGAAGGGCAUUGUCAAGCUCAAUAUCUACUUCCAAGAAUUCAACUACCGCACUAUAGAGGAAUCAGCAGCCAAUAAUAUGGUCUGGCUACUCUCGAAUCUGGGCGGCCAGUUUGGCUUCUGGAUGGGGGGCUCGGUGCUGUGCCUCAUCGAGUUUGGGGAGAUCAUCAUCGACUUCCUGUGGAUCACCAUCAUCAAGCUGGUGGCCUUUUCCAAGGGCCUGCGGCAGAGGCGUGCCCAGGCUCCCUACACGGGCCCGCCACCCACCGUGGCCGAGCUGGUGGAGGCCCACACCAACUUCGGCUUCCAGCCAGACGCCACACACCCCAGCCCGCACGCAGAGGCCUACCCUGAGCAGCAUGCUCCACCCAUCCCAGGCACCCCACCCCCCAACUACGACUCUCUGCGUCUGCAGCCGCUGGACACCAUUGAGUCAGACAGUGAAGGCGAUGUCAUCUAAGCUCAUUUUUGCCCAGCCCAGACAGCUCAGGGCCCUGAAGCUGAGACGCAGAGACCAUGGCCAAGGCCUCAUUCUAUGAUUCCUCCUCCAAAGAGCCAGGGCCGUUGGUGUCCAGGAUCAAAGCCCGUGUCCCUCUACUGAGAGGCCGGCAGCAGCCAGCCAUUCCCAGGCCAGCGCCUCUGCAGGUCACAGUACUGCAGGGGAUGUGGGACUUGGGUGCUCACCUGCUCCUGCCCACCGCCUGUCCUGCCUGCUGGCCUGGGACACCUAUCCAGGCUCCAGACCCCAGUGGCCAGCUGAUUCCCUGCCAGUACCGGGCACACAGCACAGUCUGUCCCCUCAUGUGGCUUGCCUGGCCUCUAGGGACACGGAGAGUGAAGGCACCGGGUGGGGCCUGUGGGGGACACGUGCUUUGUUCUGGAAAAUAAAUGUAGAAAAUGC